UCCAUCGAGAAAUAAACGUGUUGGAAGCUCGCAAGCACAGAAAAGGUACCCACCAUGUCGAAGCGCAUACAACCGGCGUGGCAAGCGCCAACAACCUCAACACGUCCGCAAUUGCGAUUAUACAAUAGUCUAACCAGACAAAAGGAGGAAUUUGUGCCAUUGAGCGGCAACAAUGUUAAGUGGUAUAGCUGCGGCCCAACUGUCUAUGAUGCUUCGCACAUGGGACAUGCCAGAUCUUACAUUUCUUUUGACAUUUUGCGACGGAUAUUGGCCAAUUACUUCGGCUACAACAUCCACUACGUCAUGAACAUCACCGAUAUUGACGAUAAAAUUAUAAAGCGAGCACGUCAGUAUCAUCUGUAUGAGCAGUAUGCAAGUGGGGCUGCGCAGCUGCCUCUCGAGCAAUUGUUAAACGAGCAAAAGGAGGUACUCGGCCAACUGCAGGUCAAGUGUGAUAAAAAUACGGAUGCUGAUAAGAAAGUCAUGCUGGAAAAGAUGUUACAACGCAUGAUCGAUGCAUUGGAAGCACUAACGCAAGCUGUUAGCAGUGGCAACGUGGACGAAAUUACCAAGAUGAGGUGCCAUUAUUUAGCUGAAGCAAAAGAUCCGAUUGCAGAGUGGCUAGAUGGAAAGAAGGGUGCCCAUGUAAAUGACAAUACCGUCUUCGAAGCAUUGCCGCGAUAUUGGGAGGAUCACUUUCACAAUGAUAUGAAAUCACUCAACAUUUUGCCACCCGAUGUAUUAACGCGAGUAUCGGAAUAUGUGCCUCAGAUUGUUGCAUUUAUUCAGCGCAUUAUCGACAAUGGGCUCGCCUACGAAGCAAAUGGUUCCGUCUAUUUUGAUGUGAAUGGCUUUGACAAACGCGAAAAGCAUCACUAUGCAAAGCUUGUACCCGAAGCCUAUGGCGAUACAACGUCUCUACAGGAGGGCGAAGGUGAUUUGUCUGUCACUGCGGAUCGGCUCUCAGAGAAGCGCUCUCCCAACGAUUUUGCCCUGUGGAAAGCAAGCAAGGCCGGAGAGCCUUGGUGGGACAGUCCUUGGGGACACGGUCGGCCUGGCUGGCAUAUCGAGUGUUCAGCCAUGGCAUCGGAUAUAUUUGGAUCUAUAUUUGACAUACACACAGGAGGGGUAGACUUAAAGUUCCCACAUCAUGACAACGAACUGGCUCAAUCAGAGGCCGCGUUUGGCGAGUCGGAAUGGGUAAAGUAUUUUCUGCACACCGGUCACCUUACAAUUGCCGGCUGCAAGAUGUCAAAGUCUCUUAAAAAUUUUGUAACGAUACAAGAGGCAUUGAGAAAGCACUCAGCUACGCAGCUGCGUCUUGCGUUCUUGUUGCACUCUUGGAAAGACACGCUCGAUUAUUCCGAAAAUACUAUGGAGAUGGCCACUCAGUAUGAGAAAUUCCUUAAUGAAUUUUUCUUGAAUGUCAAAGACUUAACACGCCAUGUGCUAUCUGAAAAACCUAUGCUGCAGUUUAGUGAGUGGACUGGUUUGGAGGCGGCCUUGCAGGCGAAAUUUAGCGAAGCGCAGGGUCAAGUGCAUGCGGCCCUUUGUGAUAACAUUGAUACGCGCAGCGCCCUCGACGCAGUCCGGGAGCUGGUAUCAACUACGAACAUCUACAUACGCGACAAUAAGACAAGGCUUAACCACCUGUUACUCCGCAAGAUAGCCACAUAUAUUACGGAUUUGCUGCAUAUAUUCGGAGCCAUUGCAGGGCCGCGCGGUGGCAUUGGUUUCCCGUUGAGCGGUGCAGAAUCUAAUAAUUCAGAAAUUAACGAUCACGAGUCGGUGGUAAUGCCAUAUGUUCAAUCAGUGGCUGAGUUCCGUAACUUAGUUCGUGAACAGGCGAAGGUGUUAAAAGCAUUCGACAUUCUUAAACUGUGCGAUGAUCUGCGCGAUGAUGUUUUGCCUAAUUUGGGUGUCCGAUUAGAGGAUAAGGAUGGUGGCAAGUUUGCUGUCAAAUUGGUUGACCGCGAUAUGCUCUUGCGCGAACGCGAGGCCAAGCAAGCUGCUGAAGCAGAACGAGCUGCCGAAAAAGAGCGUAAAAAACAAGCUAUGGCGGAGGCGGCAGCAGCUAAAGAGUCACAACGUCGAAUCGAUCCGAAAAAGAUGUUUCUCAGCGAAACUGAAAAGUACUCGGCAUUCGGCGAAGAUGGACUUCCUACACAUGACAAAGACGGCAAAGAGAUUAGCAAAGGACAACUCAAGAAACUUCAAAAACUCCAACAACAACAAGAGCAACGCUACAAAGAAUAUCUGGCUACUGUUAAUGGAGCGUAAAGCUAACUACGUUUAAUUGAUAUUAUAUAUACAACUCACCAGAUAAAUUCAGUCUAAGUAUUUAUAUUUUCAUAACAUGCCCGUUUAACAUUUGCAUUCAAUAAAGUCUACCCAAAAAUUA